AAAAGAAAAAGAAAAAUGUCUUCGAAUAAGUUUAGUCAGAAAUGGGUUCAUUCUAGCCGAGGAUUACCUGGUUCUUUUUUGAAUGAAAAUCAUCAUACAAUGGGAAAUAUAUUAGCAAAUGAAGAAGACAGACAAAAUAUGAUUCAUGAACAAAAUAUAAACACUGAUAUAAAGAAUGAUGAUACUCACGGUCAAGUACCUCAACGGAUGACUGAUCCACAUCAAGGUGAACAACAAUCAACUUGGGAUAAUACAACAAGUGACAGUUAUUCACGAGCAAAAGAUCAAUUUCCAUCAGCCACUAUGGAUAAAAUGUUUCCAAAAAAUCAUGUAAAGCGUGGUAUAGAAAAAAUCGAUCAACAACCCCCACCACCACCACAUCAUGAUGAUGAUGAUACAAUUCAGCCAUUGUUAGAGAAUGAUCCAGAUCCUGCAACCAAAUCGGCAUUUCAACCACAAUCAAAUCCAAUCACAAUGCAAGAACAAUCAGAGUCUCCUUCUGAUUUGGACUCAGCAGCCAAUAGUAUGGAUUCAAAUCGUGCCAUUCUGAAUCAACCUUUGGUAUCUCAACGUGUGAAUGAUCAAGCAAAUACCUCUUCAUCUCAAGAUACUACUGAAGAUGAUUCCAUGCAACAAGAUCGACUGAAUAUGAAGGGAGGUCCUUUGGAUACUUCUAAAAAUAAAAAAGAAAAUACGCUCCAAAAUAGUCCUUCAUCACCGCCAACAUGGAGAAGACGACAUUCAGCCUCUGAACAUGAUUAUUGUGCUGCAUUACCAGUAUUACAAUCCUAUGUGCCUUAUGCUCAAGGUGUAGCCGCCAAAACUAAUAAUGAAGCAAGAUAUGAAAAUCAAAGUCAACAAAUAGCUGCUUCUGAUCGUCGUUACAGCUUGCACAGUAUCGAUCAUGAAGAUCAACAACACGAUGCUCCUGAAAGUCGUCGUCGAAGUAGUCUUUCUAUUCAUUCCAUCAGCAAAUGGUUUAGUCAUCAUAAGCCUCAAAAAUCGACCUAGGUUAUCCUCUUUGAUCAUAUCAUACAA